UUAAGCCAUCUUAAUACCUCCCUCCAUUCGACGCUCGGCGAGGAGGCCGAGGCCAUGGAGUUCCACUCAGAGAGUCCAAUCUCCAUGGAGGUUCCCUCCUCGAUCCAAGCCCUAGCCCAGCACAAGCACGUUCGCUGCAUCGUCAAGCUCGGUGGGGCAGCCAUCACCUGCAAGAAUGAGCUGGAGAGGAUUAAUGAGGAGAGUCUGGUAGUAGUAUGCUCACAGUUGAGGGAAGCGAUGAAUCCGGAGACGGUGGAGUCUCAGGGGAAGGUUUUAGGGAUGGAUUGGAGCAGGCGGCUGGGGGCUUCUAUCGACUCCUUCGCUGAUGAUUUUGACGUGGAUUCCACGUUGGUUUCCGAUAGCGGCUUCAUCAUUGUCCAUGGAGCAGGUUCUUUUGGACACUUCCAAGCCAGUAGAACUGGAGUCAACAAAGGAGGAUUACAUCUUCCACUUGUUAAGGCUGGUUUUGUGGCUACUCGGAUCUCUGUAACAUCACUGAACCUUGAGAUUGUUAGAGCUCUUGCUAGAGGUAACGUGUUAAGUUUAUUUCUGCUUCAAUUAGAUGUUGCCAUUUGGAUUUGUUAA